AUGGCAGAUAUGAGAAUACGAGAAAAAGAGGAAUGUUUGUCACUCACGAGACAGCAAAACACAGAGAAACUGCAUGUUCUUACUGUUCUGGAGGAACAGAAAAAUAAAUUGACAUCAUCAGCUCAAAACAGAAAAAUAAGACAUGUUGAGGACUGUCUUCAGAAGGUGGCAGAAUAUGCUGCUGACUGUGAGAAAUUAUCACAGUUAUUGAAACAACUAAAUGAACAGGCUGAUAUUCUGAAAAGAGAAAUAAAACUUCUACAAUUGAAAACAAGACCCCAUCCAUUACCUGCUGCACAGCAGGAAAAGAAAAUGUUUGAACCAUUUUCACCUGCAGCUAAGAAUGAAAAGAAGAAAUACCUCGACAAAAAGGGAAAUACUGAAGUAACAGACUUCCAAGUGCAAAAUGAUCAAGAGACAGAGUCAGAUAAAUCAUUCACAGAAGAAGAAGAAAAAGAAGGAGAAAGAGAAGGGAAGGAAGAUCAUCACAUGGGAGUUCAAAAUCUUCUGGAGAAUGUUCUGAAGCGCUUUACUGUCCCUAAAAAAGAUAAGCAAUCCACAACAGAACAUUCUAAAGAAAUAAAGAAUUCAGAGGGUGUGGAAGAUUCCACUGAUGUGACAGAUAAUAAUAUCAGACAGUGCAUGCAUGACUUACUUCCAGCAAUCAUCAGUGAAGUAGGCCAGUUGGAUAUAUCUUUAGGUUUGACAGUGAUUGAUGAUAUUAUUGACAAAUUGAGUUUUAGGCUUGAAUUGCAAGAAGAUACAGACAACAUUAGAUACACAUUAAAUCAAAUAAUUAUAGAUCUCUCAUCCAAGGAUGUCUCUAAUCCUGGACUUGCAAUUAGUGAAACAAUUCAAGAUCUUGAAACAAAAGAGGAACAUGAUGAUAUCACAGAAGUGAAACUAAUAUUAUAUCAUAUCAUCAAAGAUACUAUGACAGUUAUUGCAGAAGAGGAUUUCAGGUCUAACAAUAUAAAUUAUACUUAA